CGCCUUUCCCAGAACCCCCUCACUCGUCGACAAAGGUUUGCGGCUCGCGUGUUGGUUACGCGCGGUUGCGUUCCAAGAAGACGCCUUUUUCGCAGCCGCCAUGAUGCCAGCCAAGUUUGCGGGCGCCUUGCCACUGCUCUUCGCCAGCGUCAGUCAGGCUGUGUCCAGCGCCGAUGUUCAGGAAGAGGGCUGUGAUACAACGGGUUUGCUUCAACACAUGACGCUGGCAACGUCUUUUGCGGAACAGGUGCCGCUGGACAGAGAAAAACGAAUGCUCCAGGUGAUCAAAGAAGAGUUCAAGCAGGUUAGAGGUGCAGGAAGUUUCCUCGAAAGAAACAUCAAGGAAGAAAAUACCCUGGCAGGUGUGUAACUCCAUCGAUUGGUUGGGAAACCCUUCGAUUGAACCUGGCACAGUGGUUUUUGCCCGCAUGGAAGACGAGCUUGGCAUUCAAAAGUAUUGUGAUCCACAGGAAGGUUCGGCAAAGACGGAUGCAACCUGCCAGGCCAUCUAUGCGGAGCAGCACGCACUGAUCAAGCUCGCCAAGGAGUUCCCCGAAGGCCCCAAUUUUGUCAAUGCUUCGAUCACUGAUUGGGGCGCGCAUGCGUCUUGGAUUGCAGGCAGUGUGGGCAAUGCCGAGGGCAUGCCUCCAAUAGCGCCCGUGCUGCAGACGAACCCAACCACUGGGUGGAUGUUGUGUGACAUCGUGAGGACGGUCUUGACGCAAAGUGCCAAUCAGGUUGGGGCGAGUGUUUGUGGAUGGGUUGCUGACUUGGGAGCUCUUUCGAGGCGAGCUCCGGCCCAAACCAUAAAGAUGUUGGUUCGCUUGAUGUGGACAGGGCGCGUCAGCUCUAAAGCCAAGCCAGCAUGCCCCUACAUCUAUGACCAACAGCCUGGCUUGGUACCAUAACCCAUGCGAGGAGGCGAAUCCAGCGGCAACGCAGCUGAUGGCCUUGCUGCGAGAGGCCAGCCGGUGCAACCAGCUGGUGCCACGUUUGCCUUCACGCAGUCACUCUUGCUGUCUUAUGUCACGGGCCUGGGCCAGAGCUGCGACAGGGAACUCGCCGCCCUCAAUUAUCCUGGUAAGCCGGACGAGCUCAAGACUGAGUUCGUUGGGGGCCAGUGGAGGCAUGGUGCUCUGUACGCCUGCAAUACUGCCAUUGACCAAGUGAAGCAGCAGUGCGCGCUUCUCACCAACCACAACAUCCGGGGCAACCUCUCGAUGGAGGCUUUCGAGUCCAUGGCCAACUAUCCCAUCGAUGAAGCUUCGUACCUGCCUCUCGUCAGAGCGCUCGAAGCUGCCCUGCCUGGCGGUGAGGAGAAGCUUGCAGCUGCCGCACACUCGCUGGCAGCCAAGAGCGCCUGGACGAAGAGCUUCAUGAACACUUUGUGGCAUGUCUUCGAUGGCAGCACCUUGGCAGGAGUGAUGGCUCUCAAGCAGUGGACUCACCCCAGCUUCACCGAGUCCAACUUGCGUGCCGCGUGUCAAGCCGAUGUCGCCAUCUUGUCUGUUGCGUCUAUUAAUCUCCAGCUGCCAGUCCCAGAGUCAGGCGGGACGCCAGCUGGAGUCGCUCCCACGAUGGCGGCAUAUCCCCGCUAUAAGUGGGAGGGGGAUCGCUUUACAUCAGAAAUUGAGAAGAUUGGCACUUGCGAUCACCUGGUGUUCCUGGAGUCCUGCGACGAGACAACCGAUGUUUACAAGAUCUGGUCGUGGGGCAAAUACUUUGAAAUGACCAAACUUGCACUAUUGGGCAUUCCAGUGACAGCAGAGGGCGAAGCAAACCCAACGGGCCCAUGCAACACUGGCAUGAUUUGUUACGCAGUCACCGCGAGCCCUUCCUUUGAAACUUUCGAGUGAGCAAUCGUCUGCAAGCUCGUGCUGAGCAAUAGGCUUGAAGCUCGCGCUGUCCAUGAAGUCUCUGAGACAAAGCGCUCAUCCCAAUUUGUUUCACCUGAGUGGCUCCCCACGAACUCCGAGGCACUACGACACCUACAUGUCAGUGCUAUUGAACUAAACGCCCCUGACGGGGCAGACACCGCUGCCCUGUAGGUUCUCGGAGCCGAGGAGGGCCUCGACAAAGCAGCCAGGACGGCCGCAAUGAGGUUUAAAGAGCCCUCAGAAAGGGCGCCAGGGC